GCUUUGGGCAAAUUGCUCGCUUCAGAAGAGUGGAAGCACUUAACCACCACUAUGGAUAAAAAAGAUUCUAUCCUGGCUGCUGUUGGAGGAUCUUUUAAAGAUAAAACCCAGUUUAUGAUUUUGUCUAGUAGAAGAUUAAUUAAGUACAUGAAGGAAGUAAAGGAAAUUUUCAGUGAUGGUACAUUUUGUACUCCUGCUAAAUUGGCAGUGAGUCAGAUCUGGAAUCUGGUCACUGAAAGGAGAAAUCAUACAUUAUGCCUAGCCAGAGUUUUGAUGCAGUCGAGAAAGACAAAAUGCUAUACUGGAGUACUGAAAGCUCUGAAGAGACUUACCAAAAGGAAAUUUAGGCCGUCAACAGUGAUGGCAGAUUUCGAAAAAUCUCAACAAAAAGGGUGGGCUAAGAUCUUCCCAGCUGCUAGGAGAAGAGGUUGCCACUUCCAUUAUAACAAGAAUAUUGUCAAGAGGGCUAAGAAGACACGCCUAACAAAGCUGGUGAAGGCAAGCAAGGAGGCAAAUUUGCUUGUUGGAUGUCUCUGUGCUCUCCCCUUGCUCCCUGAGGAUUUAAUUUGUAAGGGCUAUGUAUAUGUGGUCAAAAGGGCCGCCAAGAAAGGUCAUUUUGACAAGCUUGGGCCUCUCCUGAAAUAUGUGCUAACCAGCUGGAUGCAAGGCCCGAACUCAGACGUUCUAUCUGUGUAUCGGUGUGAUAAUAGGACCUCAAAUGUGUGCGAAUCUGAUAAUGCAAGUCUGGCAGCACUAUUGAAAAUUAAGCACCCAGCUGUAUGGGCUCUACUUGGUGCCUUUCUAGAGAGUGAGGAUGCUACCCAUCAGGACAUUCUGACCCUGGACAGAGGUUUAAACCCUUCAGGGCUAAGGAGGUCUUCUGCCCUGGCUAACGAUGAAUGUCUCAAAGGACUUUGGGAUGACUUGGACAGGGGCACAAUAUCUGUUGGAAAGUUUCUACGGCAAGCUUCAAAAACAGUGCGAGGUGUAGUGCAUAAGGAAUUCUUUAAAAAGAAGGCAAAUGAAGAGAAUUGAGGCCUGGUUGAGGCAGAAAUCUGCUUGCUCAGUACAAGAAAAUAUCUUACUGGAGUCAUCUCUUUUAGAUUUUAACUGGAUUAAAGAUAUCUGUGAUAUCCUGUGUUGCUAUGUAAUGAGAAUUUCAUUUCAACCUUUAUGCAUACAUGUCAAAUGCAUUGUGAAACCUAUUUUUAUGUCAAUCCACACUUAAUAAAAGAUGCACAUCUAAUUUUGAAACAGAUCUGUCUUUAAGAGUAGCCUACUCCCAAUAGUUUGUGAGUAGCGAGGGUUUAUGUAACAUUUGCCACUCUUUUGCAAUGAGUCCUCUGAAUACUAAAACGAUUUUUCACCCUUCAGCCCCUUGUAAAUUUUUCUUCGAGAACUUCAAAAUUGGAUCGCUGCUUUUUGCAAUGUCCCUUGUAGAUUGGAAACAAAGAAAAUAGUACCUACUUGUUAGCUGGGCAUUCCACCUAUGGGCGAUAAGAAGAAGGAAGGAAGGGGAGGGCUUCGAAGGCAGAGCUCAGCGCCGCCUGUACUGCGUGGUGGCCACCCUUGGAACUACGGGAGAGCAGACGACGCCGCCGACUGAAGAU